AAUGGGUUCUACAAUUUUAUGUCCUUAUCAUCAGAAACCAAUAACUUAAUUAAACUUAUAAAAGAAUUAAGAAAAAAGAAUUUUUUGCAAUGAUUGUGAUACUGAAAAUUAAACUCUUACAAAUUUUGAAGAAGCUAUGAAAUUAUGGUAAAGUCUUGAAAGUAAAACGAUUUAAAAAUUUUUAAACUUUAAAAAUUCAAAAGUUCCUCAAUUAGAUCAUUUGUUAAAAUAAUUUCAACAAUAUCGAGAAUAAGCAUUGAAAUAUAUGAAUUCUUUAAUUGAAACAACAGAAGAUUAUAAACAUUAAUUCAUAAAGGCUAUAGAAAGAGAAAUUAAUUAUGUAAAAUAAUUAAGAGAAGAAAUGGAUUUAAGAAAACUAAAAGAAAUCUCUUAGAUAUUAAGUGAGAAAUUGAUUGAAGAAGAUAAUGAUAACAAUCAUGUUGGUAAUUUAAAUUUAGAAAGGAUUUUGACUAAAGAGAAGGAAUUAUUAUAAGAAAUAAAAAAAAAUAGUUUAACGAUACAUGUCGAAAUCAAGAAGAUAGUAUAAUAAAAUCAUUAAGAAGUUAAAAUAAGGCCAAUCAAUUUUGAAUAAAUUAACAGUAUUAAAUAGUAAUUAGAUUGUUAUGCAUUGGCAAUUAACAAACCAGGAAAUAUUGUAGUUUCUGGAAGUGGAAAAGAUAUAAUAAUUUGGAAAUUUGAUUAAGAUUAAUUGACUUAAUUAUAAACACUAACAGGACAUAAUUACAAUGUGAAUUGUCUCACAUUUAGUUAAAAUUUAUAACUUUUUGUUUCAGGUGCAUGUGAUUCUUAAAUAAUGAUAUGGAAGGAAUAAUCAAAGAAUAAUUGGAAAUGUGAUUAGAUUUUAAAUGAUCACACAAAUAGUAUUUGUUGUCUAAUUAUAAAUUAAACUGAUGAUUUCAUAUACUCUUGUAGUUUGGAUAAUUCAAUUAAAGUUUGGGUGAAAAAUAUUGAUAAUAAAUUUGAAUUAUAUCAAUCUUUGAUUGGUCAUUCAGGUUCAGUCUAUUGUAUUUCAUUAAAUCCAAAAGAGACUUAGUUGAUAUCUUCUAGUAGAGAUAAAUCUAUAAUAGUUUGGGAUUUAGGAGAAGAUAAAUUAUGGAAGAAAUUAUAAAUAAUAUAAAAUGAUGAUUAUGGUUAUAGGAUAAUUUUUGUAUCUAAUGUUGCAUUCUUUUGGUAGAGAUAUGGUAAUGGAGUAGCUUAAGUUUAUUUGUUUGAUAAGACUUUGUUAAAUUAUAAGUUAUUAAAAAAAAUUAAUAUGAAGGAAUAAUAAGCAGAUGGUUAUUAUUUAUGUCCAUCAAUAUUCCACAAGAAAUAACAUAUCAUAUUAAGUAAACACGCAAAGAAUCUGUAUAUAGUAAGAAAGCUUCAAAAUAAUAAAUUUAGCUUAUUAUAAACUAUUGAAUUUCCAAGUAGUUCAUUAUUUGCAACGAUUUCAAUAAAUGCAGAUUAUUUAAUUGUUUGGAAUGAUAAAACAAAAGAUAUUUAAAUUUGGAAGAACAAAUGA